AUGCCGGAAUUCGAUAUUGCCAGCCCCGCCAGCAGUACCUCCGGGAGCUCAAGCGAGGCUCGGACCACCGUCUCGCGGAGACAGCGACCGCCGGACCUUGAUAUCACGGCCGCCAUGGAGAACAGGAUCCCGCUGCGUGCUGAAAAGGAAGUUAGGUCAGGCAGGAGAGAGUCGAGACUGGGGUUCAGAAGCAUUUUUGCCAGGCACAGGGGGUCGAGCGAACCAGACGAACUCAAGGCUGCCCGUAACGUUGCGAGAGCUGGGAAACGGGAAUCAUUGUCGGCCGACAAAGACGGUAGCCCAUCUUAUGGCUUGCGGCCGACAGCAGCACAUUCAGAGACAUACCUUGCACCGGCUUCAGCUGAUGGACCAUUUCUGAGACCCCGGACCUCAACAAUCAAGUCACCACCCUUCAUGGCGCCCAGGUCACCUCUUGGGCCCAAUGGGAAGAGGCGGGGAUCGCUUGCCACUUGGGAUCCAGUACCUCUGUUCCAAGCAUACCCGCAGGCGGUUCGGACCGCAACUUUACCGGCCUGUAUGCAGGCAGAUAGCCUUCUUCGGGCGCACUAUAAGCGAGAAAUAAUCAACAACAGCAAUAUAAACCACCCAGAUCUUGGUGAUCAGAAGGCGUUAUUUGCUGACAUGGCACGCAAGAAGCACAGACGCAACAGCUCCUCUAUCAAGCUCGACUGGACCAGCAAGCUCUAUGUCUUGGUUACUUCGGGGUAUCUGCUCCAGUAUAGCGGCGAUGGCACACAUGACCGACUGCCGGAGAAGGUGAUUCAGCUUUGCAAGGACUCGGCGGCUUUCGCGAGCGAUAUCAUCCCGGGGAAGCACUGGGUGCUCCAGGUAUCGUCGGUAUUCGAGGAAGGCGCUAUUGUCAGCCAGGACACGAGAUCCUUGUUCGGGAAGUUUGGGAUGCGGGAGAAGGAGAAGCGCCAGGCUUCUGACAUCUUGAUGGUUUUCGAAAAUGUCGAUGAUAUGGAGGAUUGGAUGUCGUUCUUGCGGAGAGAAAUCGAGUCCUUGGGAGGCAAAAGGCCCGUAACAGAGACAGGGGCGCCCAAGGAGCCUGUGGAACCCACCAAACUGAAAGCCCAGCCCAGCCAAAGGGCGAUUGUGGUGAGAGACCCAUUUCGAUUCGUGCCGGCAUUGACCAGCCCUGAAACGCGGUGGGAUGCCUCAAUCACCUUUGACGAGCCAGAGCUACACCUCGACGCGACGCUCACUGAGCUGCUCCCAGACCGAAGCUUCGAUGACAACUCCACGACCAACAGCUUCGUUUCCCAGGAUGGGCGACAACUCGAUGGCCUCCGAGAUAGCUCCAACCGGUACUCUUUCACGUCUGCAGCCAGGACCAUUGUCACAUCCGACUCAUCGCCGUCUAACUCGCCACUCCGCGACAGUUUUGGGAGCCUCAUCAGCAAUUCUGACGAGCCUACCCCACUGGCCGAGGAGAUGGAAAUCCGGCGUCGACCCAACGCAGCAGAGAUUGAGGACCGACGUCAGUCCUACCGCACGUCCAACGUGGUCCAUGAUAUGAACGCAAUACCAACCCCGCACAAGGCCCAUUCUUCUCUGUCCUCCAUUCAGGAGCCGCCCAACUUCAGCCUCCCAUACUCAGGGGCACGCCGUCGCUCUGCAACGCAAGAUUACGUUCACGUCCAUAAUGCUCAUGGAACACCGGGGCGACCACCACGGAGGAUGAGGCGUCCUCCUCCCUCAGCCCUCGGCCUGUCUAGGCCGCUUUCCAUCGUGGCAGACACGCCCUCACCCUCCAAGCUGUCACCAACGCCAAGAAGCCCUCUAAAGACCGAUGACAGCGCCGGUGUUUCACCGCGUCCAAACUCUCCGUCGAUGUUUACGAGCUGGUCAGCUGGUAACAAUAAACCUGAAUAUGAUUUAUCGUCACGGGCGUCGAGCCGUGGUUCCAUGAGGACGAGUUACCAGGUGUCGGUACACAACAGCCCGCGCAAGUACGCGAGCAUGCAUACGCUGCGCCCUUCUGAUGACUCCCUCUGGGCCGAGACGCCCAAGGCCGACCUUCCCACCCACGCAGCGCUCAGUGGAUCCUCGCUGCUCGACAGAGCAGAUGCGGCGGCCGAGAUUCCGCGAAGCAUGUCGUCGUUGGAUAACUAUGAAUCCUCGGGCAGGAGUCGAUCGCCCAUCAUCCGUGCCGCAGCCGCCCAGAAAAGGGCCAGCAUGUGCAGCCUGCCCAGCGCGAUGGACUCGCCACGGCACCGCUCAGUGUCGAUGUUUCCCACCACCAGCAGGCGCCGGGCGCAUACUCCAUCCUACCGCGACGAGGCCACCGAGCGUCGGGCCAGGUCGCCGUCUCCGGAACGCGGGCCGCGCAGGGGGUCGGCCAUGACAAUCCCCGGCCACGGGCAGAAGCAGUCAGGGCCAUCCUCCAAGUUGGUCAACAGGCGCAGCCUCCCGCAGAUGCCACAUGCGCAGCCGCAGAACUCACCCCUGCUGCCUCCUCCCGCCCCGCCGCCGACCAAGGCGCUGCCGCCGAUCCCGCAGGCAAGGAAGAGGAGGUCGUCGAGUAUCCCUCCCAGAAUGGGGAUGAGGGACCAUGCGACGCUCGUUGUAUGA